AUGGGUCACGUUCCGUUACAGAUGUAUCUGCCAAUGUCAAUGCUGGUUGUCGCUGCUGCCGUUGACGAAGGAUUGAAUGCCCAGAUAAACGCACAGCUCGAGGAAGAGGAAAAACGGCGGCAGAUCCGUUUGGAGAAUAAUCCAACCACCAAGUUCGAGGCUUUCGUGGAUGAUUUGACUCCGGAGGAAGUGCUCGAACAGGUUCAGAAGGCUGCCUUGAGCUCUCGAUCGAAGUUGUUGAAGAAAAGAUCUGCCAAUAAGAUGGGCUUCUUGAGACAUUUGAAGGAUGGCACAACUACCAUGAACAUUUUACUGGCCAAUGAAAACAACAACCCAGAGAAGGUGGUUUCAUUGGAAGCUUUCACCGGCAAGUUGCAGUACGGAACAGCUCAACUUCAAGGAUUCCGAGAAGAUCGCAGAAAUUUUGCUAAGGUGAUCAAACCGCUGACAUACGGUGCAUUUAGCUCGUUUGCGCCAGUUUUUGAUUCUCGGUUCUCGAAUCUCUCUAAAGAAGAAACGGAAAUGGUUCUGAAUACGUACGGCGAUGAAACUGGCAGUAACUAUGCAGAAAGCAUUAUGCGGUACACGAAAGAUAGUCCUUAUGCUGGAGGUAUAGCGCACAGUUUGUUGGACAUAUUGACUAAUGGAGAGCAUCGGAAAACUUUUGGCACUUUGUAUGAAUCGGAAAUGCAGCGUCAAGAAAAGGAUGCCGUCAAACAAACUUUCCCAGAACCGGCUGAACAGGAAAAAGAAAAACAACAGCUAGCAAACGUGAAAGUUGACGUGAGUCAGCUUCGAUCUCUAAGCGAGUUGGGUAUUGAUGUAUCAUUCCUGGGCGACUUGGAACGUGAGCUCAAUGGAGCAAACAUUCCGGACGAUCUACAGCAAUCGUUGAACGAGAAUUCAGAUCUCAUCCAGAAGCUACACCAGAUACAAACGGAUCGCCUUUCGGCUCCAUUGCCGGCUCAUUUGUCCUAUGUGCAGCGUCCUGGAGAAGGAGAAAUCGAACUGGCACAACAAAUUACUAACAAUUUAACGCAAAUUGCUAAACAACUGCCUCCCAUGGCUAUCGCUGCUCCCCACGGGGUACGAAAGGCUUUGGGAAUGACCGGUGUUGGAUUAGAGAUGUAUCAAACGCCACCGGUGGGAAUUAUCAACCCGCAACCAGUCAAUCCAGGAUCGGUUCAACAAUCAAAGCCCAACAACCCUACAUCUAAUGACAUCAUAGACACCACCCCGAUGGAUAUGGAUCUGGAGCCGGAACCGGUGCCGUCGCAUCAUCAUCACCACCACCACCACCACCAUCCGAACCCGAAUCCCUCCCAGGUGGACAUCGAUAGUGAGCUGAGGGAACUGCUUAGUACGACAAGCUCUCAGGAUGGGUCCGGAAGUGGCGUUGCUGAUGGGGAUGCUGCAACGGCUAGUAUUGAACAGAUGCUGAUGGAUUAAUGGCAGCUGAAGGGUAUGGAUGACAAUUUAUCAUUUAUGUGAAAGUAUUUUAACACAAAGAAUGACGCAUUUUAUUCAUUUUCUAUGUAAAUGCCACGGGGCAUUUCGCAUGGAAGAAAACACGAGAUUGUGAAUAAAACGAGAGCAAUUUUUCACCC